AUGACUCUUUUAGAAGGGAGCAGAAAUAAAUGGAGACUAAGGGACACAUUUCCGACUAUACGAGCGGCAGGGAAACUCAUACCGGUCGGUGACAGGGCCAAGACUUGUCUUCAGGAGAUAAUACCCAAGCCUGUCACGCCACCGGUGGUGAGAAAGUUUCUGAACACCACUCGUCCCGGUCCAGGGGUGAUUCGCGUUUUCUAUGGGAAGGCUAACGACCCUGACAUUGCCAGUACUGUGACUCACGGAAUUAGCACGAAAGCCUCCAUCACUGGAGGAUCACUCAUCAACCCGACACCCAAGACACGUUACCAUCACAGGCUGCGUCAGCUUCAAGAAGCUGUUUAUGCCAGCAAUCAGAGAGCUCCUCUUGGAAAAUCACAGAAGCAGGGUCCUGGCUUACCAAACUGGGUUGACGCGGAUAAAACCACUUUUGGUGUCAAGUCACUCGAACCUUUAAAGGCAAGUGAGAUCGUUAAUCCACCCAAAACCGCUGAGCAGGUGGAGAAAGAGGCUCUGGAGGCACACCAGCAGUAUAUCCGCUCACACAAUGCCUAUUUUGCGGGAGAGCGAGUGGAUAGGAAGUAUGAUUGGACCUCCUAUGGGAAAGACAGCAGGUUUGGAGUUCCCACUCCUCACUACAACGAUGGACGCAAUGUUUCAAAGUCCCUCCACUGGCGAAGUGACACUCAGCUGGGUAACAGUGCAAAGUGUGUUUCAAGGCGUUGUGAUGACUUCAGAGAGAGGACACAGCCCCAGAUCGGCAAAGUGCAUGAUCCAAUAGCAGAGACAAUGAACGUUGCACCAAACCGCACACUUGGAAUUUUGAUGCGCCCUGACAACUUUGGUCUUGGUGACCUCCUGCACUGUACCCCACCCACGGAGUACCUCUGGGGGAAGGACAGACAGCGUACACUUGUCACUGCCGUUCGUCAGCACCUGAAAAAGGCCAACUUUCACAACUUUGGCUCCCUGCUGCAGGCUUUUCGGCACUAUGACAAGAAAGGCCAAGGAAAGAUAGAUAAGGAGGACUUGCUGGAUGUGUGUCGCCAGUUUAACCUGGACAUUAGCGGUCCGUUGCUUGACUGCAUUAUGGACUACUGUGAUGUUGACAAAGACGGACACAUCAACUUCUUAGAGUUCGCUAACUUUCUGAACUGGAAGGACAAGAUGCCCAUCAAUAAAACCGAGCAGAUGAUUCUUACCAAAGAGCGUGACGUAAGCAGUGCCCCGGCUAACAUGCAGAGAAAGGAGCUGCAGGGAUCAGAUCCAGGGAAUCAGGCUGAGUCCAGAGCCCUUAUUAGGCCUGAUGAUCUGGAGUCAGUUGAGGUGGGGGGUAGCCUGAAGACCCCCAAAACUCUGCCCCGUCCCAGGACGACGCAGGACCGAUUCAUCACCUCCUCUUCUCUUAUCCGAGCCGUUGUGGGGGGAGUUCCUACUGCCAAUUAUCACACAUACGGGAUUCCGACAGUUCGUACAGAUCUGCCACCCCCACGAAUCAAGCGGAUAAGCGACAGGACAAAUUACGGCGACCAGGCCACAGCAUACGAUCUUCUCAACCCUACCCUGCACUCCUUCUGGGGGGUCCACGAGGAGCACUUCUUCUCCCCACGCACCAAGGAGGAGAUGGCCCUGAUCUUCCAGAACGUGGGUAAGAGCGUCACUGGAGACACGUUCGAUGAAGCGUGGAAUCUGGCGUCCAUGAGACAUCCGGCAGGAGAAGUGUGCGUGGAGAGCUUCCGAAAUGUUCUCCGAGAACUCCAGGCCAAUUAA